AAGUGUACCCGGGUUGGGAAGGAACCAACGUCAUUCGCAGAACUCUGGCUGCUGGAAGAUACGGCACUGCUUCGGAGCUUCAGCGCUUCAGCUAUGCACAAGCACUGGUGAAGUGAAUUGAGCAGAGUAUUAAAUUACGUAAAUUUAGUUACUAGAUCAACAUCUUCAUCAUGGACGUAGUUGAGUUAUGGGCGAUCUUUGGGCCUGGCGUCGCCGGGGCCGUCUUCGGCGCCGGCUGGUGGAUCUGGGUUGACGCCGUGGUCUGCAGCUCCGUCAAGGUCUCUUUCCUGCACUACCUUCCUGGAAUUUUUGCGUCUUUAGUGGCCCUGAUGUUCAAUUGCGUCAGGAAAGAAGACAUUGAUUACUCUCCCUAUGACGAAGGAGAGUGGAGGUUGAAGCUGUGGCUCUUCUUUGCAUAUGUUAUAUCUUUUGUUUCUUUAGCUGCAUCAGUCGGUCUACUCAUUCAAGACUCAAUUGAUAAAUCUGCCCCUUCAGUGUGGACGGGAGCUGCAGGUGUUUUGCAGUGUGUGCUUGUCUUAAUCAGUGGGCUAAUUUAUUGGACUUCUCAUCCCGAAUGAGGCGAACCGAGCUAUUAUUUAGAGCGUCAUCAUUGUAAAAGGAUAUUCACCGUGCCUUGUCCUUCUUUAAAGGGACGGGGUAUACCGGCUCUCGUGGAUCAGUAAAUGUAAAUUGUGCAUAUUCUUGACUCUUGGCUGCAUCGGGGUGUGUUCAUCUUGCUUGUUAUACAAGGUUAACGAAAGAUUCGACCAGUUCCUCUCAGUCGGGUGUUGAAUAGUCGAGAUGUUACUUUUUUUUAAAAAAAAAAAAAAUUGAACUCGUGGCACGCUCGAGUUUUAAAUUUUAUCCCCCUUUUCAAUCAAAUUGUGGGUAUUUAUUCUAUCAGAAGACAGCAAAGUUUGCUUUAGAAUUAAUUUAUAUUAGGUUAAGGAUGCUAGGCAUUGACGAUUA